CACAUGUAGAAUCUAAAACCAAAUACUCCUAGACAAGAAACUAAGCCUGUUAAAGUCAAUAUUACUACGUAAUUCGCAUAACAAUAAACUCUCUAGUGAGUAAUUCCAAGCUUUAACUAAUAUGUAUAACUUUGGUAAAUUGUAAACAAAAAAUACAGAGCAUGAACUUAUUUAAUAACACUUGCAAAAUUAGCAUUUAAUAUUAACCACCACUAUUCCAAAGAACAAUACGCCAUUAUCAUGCAAAAGUACCUAAGAUGUAUUUCAUCUACAUGAUUUAUUUUUAAGAUGAAAUAUUUCCUGUAUUAAAAAAAUAAUGGCUAAGAACAGGUCAAAAUCUCAAACAAUUCAUAUGUUUUUCCAGAACAAAAUAACAUCUUACAUCGUAAUUUCUCUUAAUUAGAGAAACCUGGAACACCUAUUCUUACUUCAAAAAUUCAACCUAUUGUAACUUCAUAACAACUAUAAAAAAAAUAUAAUCCAUUAUCAAUUGAUUAAAGAUUUACUUCAAAUUAAUAAUUUGUUUCAUAAUUAACAUCUAAAAUUAAUAAAAUAGAAGAUCCACCAAAAAAAGACAAUUUAAAAGUAAGUUUAGAUGACUUUGUUACUUAAAUAAAUUAACCUGCAAAGAGUUUGAUAUCUCCUUUAAAAUAAACUAAAUCAUUAUCCCCAACAAGUAGGAUUCAAUCAUAAUAUUAGAAAAGUAAUUGUAGUAGUAUAUUUAAAUUAGAAUAGAUAUAUUAUGUAACAUCUCUAAUUGAAACUUUUAAAUAUUAAAAUCCUCAAACACUUGAGCAGUAAUUGUUUAAAGAUCAUGCUAUAUAAACUUAUAAUUGUAUUGGGUUUUGCUUGAAUUUAAAAGAUCCAGAUCCUUAAAUCUUAAGAUCAAAAGCGAUAGAUAUUCCUCGUAAAUAAAAUUGUAAAUGUAAGAUGAUCAUAAUAUAUAAAUAGUUUAAAAGACAGUUGUAUUUGAUUUAGAUGAGACUUUAAUUCAUUGUAAUGAAAACUAAUUUCUUAAAGCUGACGUGCAUCUACCAAUCAGAUUUCCUACAGGAGAUACAGUUUUAGCAGGAAUAAACAUACGCCCUUAUGCUAGAUGGAUACUAAUCGAACUUAGUAAAGUAUGUGAAGUAAUUGUAUUUACUGCUUCACAUUAAUGUUAUGCAAGUCAAGUGAUUUCACAUUUAGACCCAAAUAAUUAAUUACUUUCAGCUUAGGUAUUUAGGGAUGGAUGUGUAAUAUCAUCAGAGGGGGUCCAUGUAAAAGAUUUGAGAAUUUUCAAACGAGAUUUAAAAGAUAUAGUUUUAGUAGACAAUGCUGCUUAUUCAUUUGGUAGACACUUAGAAAAUGGCAUUCCUAUAAUUCCAUAUUAUGAUAAUUAAGAAGAUAAAGAAUUAAAAUUGUUAUAUGAUUUCUUAAUUUAACAAGUCUUGCCAGCUCCAGAUUGUAGACUAGUCCUUUAAUCGACUUUUAAAUUGAGAGAAUUUUCUAAAUUUAGAGAACCUAAAACAGCCAUAGAAAAACUAUUUUGA